AUGGUAAAAAUUAUUUUUCUUAUUUUAUUUAUUUCAUCUUCUCUAGUAUUAUCAUUAGAUAUUCAUAAUACUGCAUUAAAAGAAUUAUUAAAUGAUGAUGAACUUUAUUUUGAUAAAAGUAUACCUGAAUAUGCUACAGUUUUAACACCAAAUGAUUUUAUUAAUGGUGCUCAACUUGACGCUCAAAUAGGAGAAGAUGAUAAUUAUAUGUGGGAUAAUGAAGCUAUUUAUAGUAAUGAUAAAUUUGAAGGAGAUAUUGUUGGUAUAAAUGCUUCAACAAUUAAUGCAUUUGUUAAUGGUGGAGUUGAUCCAAAUUCAAAAGAUAUCCAUCGUAAUGCUAUUAAAAAUAAACAUCAAUUAUGGAAAAAUGGUAGAAUUCCUUAUGUUUUAAGUAGUCAAUAUAGUCCACAUAGUAGAAGUAUUAUAGCUAAUUCUAUGGAAGAAUAUAAUAAACAUACUUGUAUAAGAUGGGUUCCAAAAGAAAAUACUGAUACUGAUUAUGUUUAUAUAAUGCCAGAUCGUGGUUGUUAUUCAAUGGUUGGAAGAAUGGGAAAUAGACAAGUUUUAUCACUUGGAAGUGGAUGUAUACAAAAAGGUAUUAUUAUUCAUGAAAUGAUGCAUGCUGUAGGAUUCUUUCAUGAACAAUCACGUACAGAUAGAGAUGAACAUAUUACUAUUUAUUGGAAUAAUAUAAUGAAUGGAAUGGCUAAUCAAUUUGAAAAAUAUGGACAAGGUGUUAUAUCAGCACUUGGAACAUCAUAUGAUUAUGGAAGUAUAAUGCAUUAUGGUUCAACAGCAUUUAGUAAAAAUGGUCAACCAACAAUGUUACCAAAAAAAAAUGGUGCUCAAAUAGGGCAAAGAGAUGGUUUUAGUAAAGUUGAUACAUUUAAAAUAAAUACACUUUAUCAAUGUGAUGAUAAAUUAGUUGGUACUAUUAAAUCAACAACAACAACACCACCAGCAACAACAAUUUCAACAACUAUAAAAAUGAAUUCAUCACCACGACCAGUAACUCCACAACCUAUAAUAUCUCCAUCACCACCACCUUUACCUGUUGUAGAGUGUAAAAAUAAACGACCUGAUUGUAAUAUUCUAGCUGCACAAGGAUGGUGUAAUAUAAAUGCACCAUGGAUGAAAGAUAAUUGUCCAGAAUCAUGUGGAUAUUGUGGAACUUUACCACCAAAACCAGAAGAAAUUUGUGAAGAUCUUCGUGUUGAUUGUGAUAAACUUGUUACUGCUAGAUAUUGUAUUACUUCAGAACAUUUUAUGCGUACAUAUUGUCAAAAAUCUUGUGGAUUUUGUACACCAAAAAGUAUAACAAAAAAACCAACAGAACCAACAUUACCUGGAAUUGUACCAAUUAUUUCAAUAACAUUACCAACAACAUCAACGAAAUCAACACAAUCAACAACGAUACCAACAACUUUCACAACUACAUCAACAACCUCCAAUCCUUCAUCAAUUAUCCAAAAUUUAACAACAAAAAUAAUUUGUGUUGAUAGAAAACAUUUUUGCUCACAAUGGAAAGUUUCUGGAUUUUGUGAAGGAAUUUUCCUUAGCUAUAUGCGUAAGAACUGUCCCAAAGCAUGUGGCUAUUGUUAA